GCUUCCUCAUCUGUCAGCUUGACUUGAUAAAUUUGAUUACAUUUUAAUAAAAUUAAUAUUAUUUAUUUACUUCAAAGUCAAAUCUAUAAUCCUCACCUUUACCGGUAAUCUCACCGCAGGUGACGCCGCACCUUCUCCAUCAUCCUCCUCGCUAAGAAAUCCACCCCUUAAAGUUCUUCCAUCCGUCAAUCCCAAACACAAAAUCUUUAAUUCCAAAUUCCCUCUCCUUCCAUCUAUGAACCAUCAGACAAAAGCACGAUCGGAUCUCCGUUCCGAUAAUCCAACGGUUGUGGCUCCUCCGGCGAGACGGCUUCAUCUCGACGGCGGCGACGGUCAGCCGCCAUCGAGGGCGAUACAGCUGACCGCGAACUCUCUCCGAGCGGCGGCGGCGCUGCUGACGUUCGUGGCGGCGAUCGUGAUGGGCACGGCGGCGCAGACGAAGAGGGUGGUGGUUAUUGAUGACGGCGGAUCGCCGGUGACUCUCGCCGGAACGGCGAAGUCCCACUAUUCUUCUGCCCUGGUAUAUUUCAUAGUAAUCAAUGUGCUCGCGUUGCUCUACUCACUGGCAACCAUAGCUCUCUAUUAUGCUUCAAAAAAGGCAAUAAUGGCUGGUGUAUAUUUGCCACUAACGAUCACUGACUUGCUUACAAUGAUAUUUCUUGUUUCAUGUAACGGUGCAGCAUCAGCAAUAAGUGUUGUGGCUGAAAAUGGAAACCGACAUUUUGGAUGGGAUAAAAUUUGUGUGUCGGUAAGCCGAUAUUGUGCGCAAGUAGCAGUUGCCAUUGUUCUCUCCAUGUUUGCAACAAUGGCCUAUGUAAUCUUGGUUUUACUCACAAUAGUUUCCUUACACAAGUAGUUAUAGAUUUAU